AUGCCUCGUCGACCAUUCGAUCUCGUGAUGGGUGGCCUCAUGAAACUGGGAACGUUGACGCUAGAUUCGUUUCUGAAUAAUCCGGAUGCCGAUCCACCUCCUCCAGAAAUAAUGUUUUACGCGCAUCCUGCCGACACAGCAGAACUGCUACAAUCGUCACUUUUGACGACGCCUGCGGGGACGUCUGAUGCGGACAGCAAGAUCCCUCGGCAUCAGAAGACCCCGCUCUUUCUCUUGCACCAGGUCUGCUCUCAGAUAUUCGGAAACAUCGAGCCUUUGAAAUAUGAAAUCAUAGACGAGGGGGGAAGAGACAAGAGAAAAUGUAUCCUUACCAUCACGCGCCCUAACGGAUCCUCACGGUCGUACACCACAAAGCCAGAGUUUUCGCGGAAAAACGAAGCUAAAGGCGCAGCUGCGACUAUCGCAGUCGACAUGGGCGCAAUCGACUUCAUCAAGAACGGCGCCCCCGACCACUUGAGCAUCAAGAAAGGCCUGGUCCUUGCACCCUUGGACGCGCAAAGCAACCAGGAUAUGCUCAUGAGCCUCAAUGCAGAAGUGGAGAAGAACGAAUCUGUCAAGGAAAUCGAGCAAUGCUGCAUUGAGUGGAGAGCGCGGCGCGUGAAACCACAUUGGGUAGAGUUGAGUGACGCCAAAAACGACGGAGGAAAACUCGGCUGUGCACUGCGCAUACGACUUUCACCUCACUCCGUCCGAGUAUACUCCGUACCUAUAAUAUAUGGAACGUAUGUUGAGGCGCAGGGCACUUGCGCGAAGACCGCCAUCGAGGAAGGUGUUUUGGAAUUUAUCAAGUAUGGGAAUGGCCAGCUACGGCCGCCAGAAACGCAGUUUCCAAACGCUCUUCACGACGAAGACGAGAGCGCCUUGACACCUCUCGCUCCCCUUUCUCUCCAAGGCUUCUUCGAAUCUUUGCCACGGCCACUGCCUGAACCACUCGAAGGCAAAUCGCUCGCAGAGUCGAACGCAUCGUCGUGGCUCAACGUACUCGUUCAAGCCGCUCGAGGCGCGAGGCUGGUGCUCAACUUCAUCUGGAUCACGGACCCCAAGUUCGGCUUGCAUGGUUGUCUCCUUCGAGUCGAGCACCCUGGCGGGUACAAGUCUUUUCUUGUGGACCCUCAGUUUCCCAAACGCGCAGAUGCGAAAAUGGCCGCAUGUUUGCUGGCAAUAUCUCAAGAUAUCGCAACCUAUAUUCGCGAGAUCGGCGCCGCUGUGGAAGCCAAAGUGACCCCCGAGGCCAGGAAGCGCGCGAUGGAAUCUAUCCUCCCUUUGAUCCAAUCCGAGUAUAUCAAGAUCUGGCCAAAGCAGCCUGACAUGUUCCUGUUCCCGAGGGAUAAGGAUGCUUUGGGAUGCGAAAUGAUGCUGAAGCUUACGGCUGAGGCGAGCGGUGCAGACGUCCGUCGAUGGACUGUUCCAGCUGAGUAUCGCAAUAAAGCCGAUGCCAAGGCUGCUGUGCUCAACGUUGCAUUCGACAACGGUGCGGUCGAGUUCCUCAGGUUUCGUGGACAACCCCCGCCAGAGAACUACGUGGUUAAUCUGCCGGUUGGGAUAUCCACCGAAGGGAAUAAGAAAAGAAAGGCCAGCGACGAGCCAAAGGAGCGGACAGACGGCAUCAAACGUCAGAAGAUGGACGUUGGCGGGAAGAAGGGAAUGUUUCCGUUUCCUGGCAAGGGCAAAGGAAAGUAUCCUCUCAGUGCAGGGUUUCAAUCCAAACCCAGGAUCGGUCCCAUCACGCAUAAUCCCAAUUCCAUCCCCGUCGCAGGCGGAAACCCGACAUACCAGCCCGCAGAAUCCCCAGGAAAACCUGCACACGGUAAGAACAACUGGACCAAACUCCCUCAGGCUAUACCUUACGGCGAGGAGCGGGCAUUCGGUCCACCCCCGCGUCAGAUGGGUUAUAUACCUGCUGCGAGCAGCUCUGGGUUUCCGAUCGAGCCAGGCGAGGUGCGCGCAUCUCCUCACUCGAGGCUCCCGCACCCCCACCCAGACCCGUUCGCGAUCCCUCAUCCGAGUGCGCCCCCGCCCUACUUCUACGCGGCUGAUGAGCCCGCUGGAUCCUACCCCGCCCCCCCUCCAGCGUACGUAUCGCGUCCUCCCUACGAUGUGUAUCCGAGCCCGCUUCCCAGUGGUGCGUACCCACCGGCGGACUACGCGGCGGUCGUUCGGGAUCCAUACUACGAGUACGGGCGACCGUACUACGAUGGGGAUCCCGAUCCCGUGCGAAGGCCGUACGGGCCGUACCCGGGCCCGCAAUCAUACCCCGAGCCCCCGUAUCACGACGCAUACGCAUAUCAUGCGCGCGCGCCGCGCCCAGGGCGCGCACGGUAUGCCAGGCGCACGCAUGCGCCGGGAUACGAGGGCGCGCCGGUGCGCGAGGGCGAGGAGGCUCCUAGGAUCUGGGAGCCCGGUCCUCAUGCGCACCGGGCGAAGAGCUCUGGCGGGUCGUCUGUGCCGUCUGCGCCGUCCGCGCCCCGAUCUGCGCAGACGAGCGAGAGCCGUGAUACUGAGCCUUCCGUCGCCGCUGCAGAUGAACGGUCUGUUGCUUCUGCCUCUGCCUCUGCCUCUGCCUCUGCCUCUGAGCAUUUGAAUGCCGCGCCCGUCUUGGCUUUGACACCUGAACAGCCGUCUCCGUCUCUCGCGUCUCCGUCAGAGGCAGAGUCUCCGCAGAGCAAAGCUCUGGGGAUGGCCAGUGUUCUUCCGCCCGUUUCCGAUGUAUCUGCACCCGCGCGCGUGUCUCCUACUCUUGCGCAGGGACCUGCGGAUUCCGUGAUUCACGAGCCUGUGUCUGUGCGCGAUGAGAAGCAGGUGAAGCAGGAGAUUGGCGAGCCUCGUGUUUCGCCCGGCGUGCCUGGUGCUCGUGCCACCGCAGCGGUAGCCGUGUCCAUUCCCACUGGACCUAGGAAGAAGAGGAAGAAAGAGCCUGUCGUCGAGGCAGAGCUGCCCCCCUCCCCCAACGCCAAGGCAACAGAUGCAUCCGAGAGGGCCGACAGGCCUCGCAGGGCCGCUCUAGAAGAACACUGCGCGAAAGCGGGCAUCUCGCCGCUGCGGUUCUGCGAGAGCGUCGUGAGCGAGGAGGGGGCCGAGAAGCGGUACAAGUUGUGGGUGAUCGUGGGGAACGAACGGAUGGAGCUCCCGACGACGUUCGCGAGCGUCGUGGACGGGCACGAAAAGCUGUCGAGGCAGAUUUUGAAGAGGCUAGGGGGUGGGUCGAAGAAGGUGAAGGCGCCAUAG